AUGGUUGAAAUAAUACAUCUAAGUGAAGAUAUUCCUAUUAUAACAGAACCAGAGAAACUGGAAGAAAUGCCUAAACCAAAAGAGAGUAUGGUUGGAUUAGAAAAAGAGAUUCUUUUAAAUGAAAAGAAACCAUUAGUAAUGAGUACGGCAAAGGCUCUAAGAGUUGCAAAUGAGAUUAAAGAAAAACUUGUCAAGAUUGAGGAGUAUGAUAAUUUGAUAUCUAAAAAAGCAAAAGAGCUUUCUUCAACAAAAGAAAAAACACCAAAACAACAACAAGCAGAAGCUUAUAAUCGUAGAGCAAUUAUCUUUUUACAGAACUAUAAUAAAUUCCGUGAUGCCAAUGAAAAAAUUCAACAAGCCAUUCAAUCAGAAUCUGUGAAAAAAAAGAAAUAUGAAAAUGACAUAAAGAAAGAAGAUGAGUUAGAAAUAAAAUUUAAAGAAGUUGUUCAAGAUUUAAAUGAUUCACAACAACAAAUCAAUGAUAUUGUUCAAAAAAUACGUGAAGAAGAAUAUUCAAUUCUUGAGUUUAUGGAAAAAAAAGAAGAUAUAGAGAGAAGUAUUGAUGAAAUACAAUCACGAAAAGAAGUUUUUGAAGAAGAAAUAAAAGCUAUAAAACAAAAAGAGGAUACAAAUAACACUAUCUACCAGGAAAAAAAGAGUGUAUUAGAACAAGAAGAAAUUAAUAUUAGCAACGAGAUUAAAGAGGGACAGAAGAAAUUAAAUGAACUCAAAGAACAAAAAGAACAUCAACAAGUAGCUAUGGAAAAAGAAAAUAAUCAAAUGAAAUCAAAUAUAGAUAAGCUUCAAUCUGAUUUGAAAGAAGAACAAAAUGAAGGAAAUAAAAUUAAAAAACAAAUAGAUGAAGUUAAAAUGAAAAAAGAAGAACUUCAGAGAAAGUGUGAAGAACUUAUUGAUGAAAAUGAGAUUAAUUUACAACCAAUAGAAGAUACUCUAGCAGAAAUACAACAAGAAUAUUAUGAACUUACUUCACAAGAAAAUAUUGAUAAAAGAAAUCAAACAAAAGAAUCAAUAACUUUAUUAAAAGAACAAUUAAAAGAAAUUGAACAAAAUAAUCAAGAAAUGCAAAAAAAAUUUGAUAAAAUGAUUGAAGAAGAAGAAAAAAAGUUUUAUAAAGAGAAAGAAGAAUUUAAAAGAAAAACUGAACAAUACAUUUUAGAAUUAGAAAGGUCAUUAAGUCAAAUUGAUCCAGAAAAAAUAACUGGUUAUAUUGAGAAAACUAAAAUGGGAAUUCAACUUGAUAGAAAGAAAACUGACACUGGAUUGAGUAAUUUGUUACGUAAAGUUGAAGGAAAAGAACUUCAUGAACCUAAGAAGUCUGAUAAAAAUAAAACAUCAUCAUUUAAAACUUCUGAUGAAAUUAUUCAAGAAGAAAAAGAAAAAAUGAAAAAACUUAUUCAAGAAGAAAAAAUUAAAGAAAAAGAAUUUACAGAAGAAGAGAGAGAAAAUUUAAAAAAAGAACUUGAGAGUAAAGAAAGUUUGAAAAAACAAAACCAAAAGAAAGAAGAAGAGUUAAAAAGGUGGAGAGAAAAAAUUGAAAAUGAACGUCAACAACUUGAUUUAAAUGCUGCUAAUACAAGAAAAUCUGUUGAACAAUCUUCAAUGAUACUAAAAGAACUGUUUGGUACUCAGAUUACUAAAAUUGAUGAAACUCUGAUUAUAAAAAUUGAAGAGAUAAAGAGAAAACUUGAAACCUUGAAAAAAAAUCAAGAAAUAACAAUAUCUAAGAACAUUCCUCCAGUACUACAAACAGAAACACUAGAACCUAUAAAACAACCUGAAGUUAAAAUAUCAUCAGAACAACCAUUAAUAACUAAUGAGACUCCAGAAGAAAAUACUAAUCAAAAUAUUUCUUCUAAAUUACCUCAAAAAGUUGACAACCCAGAGUCUGUUAUUGAAACACCACAACCAGGUGUCACAGAAGAUAAUGCUAAAGACUCAGAACUUGCUUUAACAACUCUUCAACAUUAUUUACCACUAUUUAAAUUAGCAGACCACUUAAAAAGAUGUUAUGAAGAUGGAACAAAUACAUCUGUUGUUCAAGACAAUGAACAGUCUAGUCAAGAAGAAAAACAAGAUACUACUUGUAUAAAUACACAAGAACACCUUGACAUUAUUCCCUCAGAUAAUCCUAUUAAAAAUAUUCAGAAUAUAAAUAAUAAUAAUUUUGUAGAAAAAAUUAACACAGGAGAUAUACCUGAAAUUAUUCAAAACCCCUCUUUAGGAAAAGAAGGCAAUGAAACCCAAGAAGAAAAACUUACAAAAUCUAUUGAAGUUGAACAGCUUCAAAACACAACGUCAAAUACACUUUCAGAGAAGACUGAAGAAAAUACAUUAAUUCAAGAAAAUUUAAAUAACACAAUAGAAAAGAAGAAUGAAGAAAGUAUAAAACAAAAAGUGGUUGAUGUUAUUGGAGAGUGCAUUAAAAGAAAAGAAGAAGAAAACAAAGUGUCUCAUCAAAAUCCAAUAGAAUUUGGUAGUGAAUCAGCUGAAAAAAAAGAAAAGUUAUUGGAGAAUUAA